UUCACUCUCCACAAAGCUGCUCUCUCUCUUCCUCUCUCCCUCUCUCUCUCCCUUACGAGCUGGGAGCAAAAGUCUUCACCAUACCCGCCUCCACAAUGCUCCGCCAUCGCCUCGUCCAGGCGCUCCGAACCCGCGGCGGCUCUGCCACCGGUCCUAGCCGGUGGACCAGCCCGGGCCACGAGGAACAACCCAAAGGCUACCUCUUCAAUCGGACCCCACCUCCCCCAGGCCAGUCUCGGAAAUGGGAGGAUUGGGAGCUCCCGUGCUACGUCACCAGCUUCCUCACCAUCGUCAUCCUCGGCGUCGGCCUCAACGCCAAGCCUGAUCUCACCAUCGAGACUUGGGCUCACCAGAAAGCCCUCGAACGGCUCGAGAUCGAGCAGGCCGGCCUCUCUGUCGCCGCGUCGGGCGAAUCUGACUGAAAUGCGAUCUGGAUAUGCCGGUUUGUUCUGAGAUCGAUCCCUUUUUUUUGGUUGAGUUGAAAUGGGUUUUCGGUUGUUGAUAUGAUAUGUAGUUGAAAUAAGGGUUUGGGGAUGUUUACUUCAUAAUUUAGUUGUUUUUCAAUUAUUUGUAUGUUUUUACUCUUCGAUGUUAUCGAAUAGUUCAUCAAUUUCUUGCCUCUAA